AUGGGGCAAGCUUUGAGCAGAUUGAUUACCGCCUGUCAGAAUUAUGCAUAUCUCAAGCACACUCCAAAGCCACACCCUGCCGAACAACCAGAUCCCAGUGGUAAAUGCCAUCUCCUGAGCUUGCCACCGGAGCUUCGGAAUCUGAUCUAUCGCAUCGUGCUUGUGAGCGGAAGCCCAGUCGACAUGAUGACGCUCAAAGCAGCUUCAGACUCCGACUGUGAAACAGGUGAGGGCAAAGACGAGCACGAAACCACAAACAUCCUCGCAAGCGCCGGCGAUCCGCCGCUGGCACAAACAUGCCACGCCAUCGAACAAGAGACACUGAGCAUCUACUACGGCGAGAACGUCUUCCGCUCGGAGCCUCUCGACAUAUCUCCGUCCUGGAGCACUUCAGCCUAUGGAGACAGGUCAUGA